AUGGACAAGAUCAACGGUCCUUACCACAAGGAAGCGUUGUACGUUUACGUGGUCAUUGUGCUCGCACACUGGGCAGAGCACUUAGCGCAAACCGCGCAGAUUUAUCUUCUGGGCUGGUCCAUUCCCGAAAGCCGUGGCGUGGCCGGGUUGUGGUACCCCUGGCUCGUGAAGUCGGAAGCCCUGCACUACAUGUACGCCUUCGUCAUGCUGGUCGCCUUCUGGAUUCUGCGGAAGGGCUUUGUCGGACGCUCUUAUACCUGGUGGAUGGUGGCCUUCUGGAUUCAGUUCUGGCACCACAUCGAACACGCCUUGCUGCAAGCCCAGGCGAUUUUCCAUCACAAUCUGUUCGGCGCUCCGGUUCCGAUGAGUGUGGCUCAGUUGAUCAUUCCCCGCGUGGAACUGCACUUGUUUUACAACACGGCCGUCACCAUCCCAAUGGUGAUCGCGAUGUUCUAUCACAUGUUCCCGCUGCCGGGUGAAGAAGCGCAUCAAGGCUGCAGCUGUAGAGUCUUGAAUUUCAUCCGUACGAUUAUCACUGUGGCGAUGAUGAUCUUGUUGGCGCUUUGCAUUGCCGGUUGGAUUUGGGCCGACACAUUGCCUGCAGAGAAGAUGACCGGCGCCCGUUGGGCCUUGGGGCUUUGUGGUGCGAUGGCCGUGGGGGCGGCCGACACGUCGGACAUUGAAGUGGCCCUCGCGCUCGAGCCCUCGCCCCCCGUGGUCGGCGACUCGAACGUGACGCUGACCAUCACCGAUGCCGCAGGCGAGCCUGUGAGUGGUGCCGAAGUGAAGAUCGAAGGCAACAUGAACCACGCCGGCAUGAAACCCUCGUUUGCCGAUCUGGGUGAGACCCAAGAACGACGUCGAUCUCAAACCGUUAAGUCUGCGCCCCAAGUGCCGCCCCCAGUGUUCGAUGCCCUUCGCGUUCCGCUCUUGGGGCGGUUCCUCAAGUGGCGCUACUCGCGCACGGUGCUGCAAGUACCCGUGCUGUUGGUCAGUCUAGUGAUGAUCGCCCAUGCGUUCUGGGGUCCGCAGCUCGCGCCUAAAAAUCUGGCUGCGCUGCUCACCUGGGUUCACUUCCGUGGGCUGGUCGUCCUGGUGCUGUUACUGGCCGGCAACCUGUUCUGCAUGGCCUGUCCCUUCAUGCUCCCUCGCGAGUUGGCCCGGCGGUGGUUCACCCCGCGGUGGGAAUGGCCCACGGCCCUGCGUAACAAAUGGCCGGCCAUCGUCCUGUUCGUGAUGGUGUUGUUCAUCUACGAACUGUUCGACCUGUGGUCCGACCCUUGGAUGACAGGCAUCAUGAUCGUGGGCUACUUCGCGGCGGCCAUCGUCGUCGAUUCGCUGUUCCGCCGCGCAUCGUUCUGCAAGUACGUCUGUCCGGUGGGGCAGUUUAACUUCCUGGGGUCAACGCUUUCUCCACUCGAAGUGAGUGUGCGCGAUCAAGCAGUCUGCAGCUCUUGCACCACCAAAGACUGCAUCCGCGGGACCAGGGCCGCAGCGGUCGAAACCUCUGCAAGUAACCAACAACUACCUGUCAUCCAACGCGGCUGCGAGCUGGCGCUGUUUCAACCGCGGAAGGUCGGCAACCUCGAUUGCACAUUCUGUCUCGACUGUGUGUACGCCUGUCCGCACGACAAUAUCGGCAUUGUGUCGCGUCUUCCGGCCGAACGGCUGGCCGUCAGCGGCACGCGCUCGGGCAUCGGCAAGAUCGAAAAACGUUUCGACUUCACCGUGCUGGCCAUCGUGUUCACCUUCGGGGCGCUGCUGAAUGCGUUUGCGAUGAUCAGCCCCGUGUAUGCACUGGAACAAUGGAUUGCCGAAGUCACCGGGCUCCGCGUCGAAUGGCCCAUUCUGGCCGGUAUGUUCGGCGUGGCGCUGGUGCUCGAACCGGCGCUGUUGCUGGGCGUUGCGGCAGCCAUCUCACGGUUGGGUUCCGACGAACCGCUCCUGUCGGUGGUGAAUCGCUACGCCCGUUCGCUGGUGCCGCUGGGGUUUGGCAUCUGGCUCGCGCACUACGGCUUUCACUUCUUCACCGGGUUCCUAACCGUAAUCCCCGUGGCUCAGGAUGCGGCCGAUCGGGCGUUCGGCAUGGCACUGUUGGGCGAACCACUGUGGCAACUCGGCGGCAUUCCGGAGUGGAUCGUCUACCCCAUGGAAAUCGGGUUCAUGAGCCUGGGGUUGCUGGGGUCCUGGCUCGUGGCGUGGUCCAUCGCCGAUGAAGACUCGCCGCGCCGCGUGUGGGGCAGCUUCAUGCCCUGGGCCGUGUUGCACCUGCUGCUGUACGUUUCGGCCAUGUGGAUCAUGACGCAGCCGAUGGACAUGCGGGGCACCUUCCUGGGAGGCUAA